CUUCUUCAACCUUUUAAUUUCGAUACUUUCUUCUCAUUCUAGUUUCGGAUCGAAAUGGCAAUCAGCUGCAAGGUGAAGAUUAUAGCCGUCUUGCUUUUCGCAUUGUUUGCCAUCUCCAUGCUCGAAUCCACUCAGGUUUCGGCAGUAGGACUAGGGUCAUAUCCUGAUUUAUUGCGGAAAUAUUACGGACCAGGAUCUGCAAAACCAGAGCAAUGCAGAUGGAGAUGUGCAACGAGGUGUAGUAAGACGAAGCACCGUUUCGAUUUUUGCAAUGCAGGCUGCAUGAGUUGCUGCAGUUCAUGCAAGUGUGUGCCCCCAGGUACUUCUGGUUACCGAUGGGUCUGUCCUUGCUACGACACCAAGAAGACUAAAAAGGGAGGACCAAAAUGCCCUUGAUUAAUGAAGAAAGCUACCUACCAUUAUGAUCGACCACCCGAGUACUACUAGUAUAUUAGUUUUUGUUCAUUAAGUAGUCAUUUUUUAAAUCACUAUUGAUUUAGUUCUGCAGCAUUAUUAUUUUUUCGUUUUGUUUGAUCAUCCAGUUCGACAGAUCUUUACUUGUUGUAAUCGGGUC